AUGAAUAUAAAAUCCAAUAAGACAAAUCACAAAAACAAAAAGCCUGCUUAGAAUGCCAUAACUUCCGAUUCUCUGGAUAUCACCUAUAUUUGUCCCAGGAUUCUUGCUAUGUCAUUUCCAGGGGAUGGGAAUCCAGCUUACAUCAAUAAGAUAGACAAUGUUGCACAAUAUUUGCAAUAACGACACCACAAUGAUUAUCAGAUAUAUAAUUUGAGUGGGAUACAAUAUGACCACACCAAGUUCAAAGGAAGAAUUUACACUUUUCCAUGGGAAGAGAAGUCUGCGCCCAAUUUGGGAUAUUUGUUCAUGUUGUGUAAACACAUUGAUGAUUUUCUGUCAUCCAAAUUAUCGAAUGUGGUUGCUGUGCAUUGCAUUAAUGGAAUCGGAAGAACUGGAACUGCAAUUUGUUGUUAUCUCUUAUACAGUGGUCGUUUUUCAAAUGCCGAAGAAGCAUUGUUCUACUAUGAUAAGUAGAAACACUUGAAGGGAGGGGGAAUCACUAUGCCAUCAUAAAUCAGAUAUGUGUAGUACUUUGAGAAAAUACUGUUCCAAAGACACAUCCACCCACCUAUCAAGUACUUGACUUCUAUAGUGAUACACGGGAUCCCAGACAUCUAAGACAAACAAUGCAAACCUUUCUUAGAAAUUUACACUUAUGAAAACUCGUGUAAGACCUUGAAAUACACUGACAAAUUGGAGUAUAAAGAUUAAAAGAAAGCCAAAGAUUUGCUUUUAAAAGAUAUCGAACUAAUUAGGAUUAAUAUUGGGAAACCUUUUUUGGCUAUUGGAGACAUAAUGAUUAAAUUUAAUCAUAAUGGCCAAUUUGAAGUGGAACCCAUGUUUCGAGUUUCCUUCAAUACUGCCUUUGUGGAAGACAACAAAUUGGCUUUCAGGAAUGAAGAUUUGGAUCCUUCGAAAUUACAGAAGGAUGACAGGUUUCCUGCUGAUUUGAAUGUUGAGAUUUAGUUUAAAGAAUUCUGUAAAUGCACCAAUGAAAUAUAAUUUAAUUAAAGGUGUAAAAGUUGCUCCAACUUGUCCAAACAACUUUGCCCCGAUUGGGAACUCAUUUAGAAUAUUUUGAAUGACUACACCAAGCACAGUCUAGAGGAGUCUUAGAUUCUGUUAUUUGGAGAUGCUGCAUUCGACAAUCUCAAUCAAGUUAAAUAUCAAACAUGGAUUUUAGUUUAAGGAGGACGUGCUCAAUCUGAUAUUAUUAAGGAUGUUGAUGAUGAUUUUUGA